AUGCCGAUGAAGAAACCGGGCAAGCUCGCGCUGCCCUCCCAGGACUCCACCAUCGGCAAGUUCCUGACGCAGAGCGGCACGUUCAAGGACGGGGACCUGCUCGUCAACAAGGACGGGCUCCGCAUCGUCCCCCAGAGCGAGGAAGGCGAGGCUCCCCCUAUCAAGCCGUUGGAUAAUAAUCAUCAGCUGAGCAUAGACGAUCUAGAUUCAAUCAAAGUGAUCGGGAAAGGUAAUAGCGGAACCGUGCAAUUGGUGCGCCACAAAUGGACCGGCCAGUUUUUUGCUCUCAAGGUUAUACAGCUCAAUAUUCAGGAAAGCAUACGCAAGCAGAUGGCCCAGGAGCUGAAAAUAAGCUUGUUUACACAGUGCCAGUAUGUUGUCACAUGCUAUCAGUGUUUCUAUGUCAAUGGUGUUAUUUCUAUUGCUUUGGAGUAUAUGGAUGGUGGCUCUCUCGCUGAUUUCCUCAAGGCUGUUAGAACCGUUCCAGAGGCCUACCUUGCUGCAAUUUGUAAGCAGGUGUUGAAAGGGCUGAUGUACUUGCACCACGAGAAGCGCGUUAUACACCGAGAUCUGAAACCAUCGAAUAUAUUGAUAAAUCAUAGGGGUGAAGUAAAGAUAUCAGAUUUUGGUGUUAGUGCCAUCAUCUCGAGUUCUUCCGCACAGCGAGAUACAUUUACUGGCACAUUUAACUACAUGGCGCCUGAAAGAAUCAGUGGGCAGAAACAUGGUUAUAUGAGUGAUAUCUGGAGCUUGGGCCUAGUUAUGCUGGAAUGUGCCACUGGCAAUUUCCCAUAUCCUCCUCGUGAAAGCUUUUAUGAACUUCUUGAAGCUGUUGUCGACCAACCAUCACCUUCUGCACCAUCAGAUCAGUUUUCACCAGAGUUUUGUUCAUUCAUUUCUGCUUGUAUCCAGAAAAAUGCUGCAGAUAGGUCAUCUGCCCAAACCCUAUCAGCUCAUCCAUUCAUGAGCAUGUACGAUGACCUGAACAUCGAUCUUUCUGACUACUUCACGACCGCAGGAUCACCACUUGCCACCUUCAAGCAAAUCGCAUUGUGA